CAGAAAGGAAUAAGUUUGCUUCGUUGCGUGUGAAUAACAAGUAAUCCUCGAAUCAGUGCAUCAAAAACAACCGAUCUGAAAAAGUAUUGAAAAUGUUUAACUAUAAAAAGACGAUUUUCCAAUCGAUGUGGUUUUAAUUAUAGUAGACAUUGAAAAUUUAGUUUAGUUUAGUUCAGUAGAAAAGUGCGAGCCGUGCGAAAGUGAAGUUUGUUCGAAGAAUAGUAAAGAAGAGCAAGUUUUUCAUUAAAAGUCACAAAAUGGCUACUGAUUCUCGGAAAAUAAAAGUUGCCGUGCGAUUGCGGCCGUUCAACGAGCAGGAAAAGGAAAAGAACCCGAGAAAUAUCAUUAAGGUUCUUGAUAAGUCAACGUUAAUGUUUGAUCCGGACGAAGAUGAGGAUGAAUUCUUCUUUCACGGCGUGAAACAAACUCACCGCGACAUCACCAAGCGCAUUAAAAAGAAGCUCACAAUGGAGUACGAUGAUGUAUUCGACAACACUGCAACAAACGCGGACAUACACGAGGCUUGCACGAAACCGCUGGUGCAGUCGGUCAUGAAUGGGUACAAUUGUUCGGUAUUCGUUUAUGGUGCAACCGGAGCCGGGAAGACUCAUACGAUGCUGGGAAACGAAAACUGCCCGGGCAUAACGUUCUUGACGAUGAAAGAAUUGUUUCGUGAAAUUGAAGCCCUCAGCGAUGUACGGAAGUUCGAUAUCGGCAUCUCCUACUUGGAGGUUUACAAUGAGCUGGUAAUGAACUUGCUCACGAAAAGUGGUCCUCUGAAACUUCGCGAGGAUGCCAAUGGAGUGGUAGUUAGCGGAUUGGUUCUCAAACAAAUUCAUAGCGCGAACGAGCUGCUGGAUCUAUUGGCUCUCGGUAACCGCAACCGAACCCAACAUCCGACGGAUGCAAAUGCCGAGAGUAGCCGCAGCCAUGCCAUUUUCCAGGUCCACAUUCGUAUGGUGGAGAAGAAGACGGGUCAGAAACGCACCGUGAAAUUGUCUAUGAUUGAUCUGGCUGGCAGUGAACGGGCUGCUAGCACAAAGGGGCUGGGUGCGCGGUUCAAGGAGGGCGCGAACAUUAAUAAGUCAUUGCUGGCUCUGGGUAACUGCAUCAAUAAGUUGGCCGAUGGACUAAAGCACAUUCCGUACCGCGACUCCAACUUGACGCGCAUUCUGAAGGAUAGCCUUGGAGGCAACUGCCAGACGGUGAUGAUCGCGAACAUUUCUCCGUCCUCGCUAACGUAUGAUGACACAUAUAAUACGCUGAAGUACGCGUCGCGCGCAAAGAAGAUCCGCACGACCGUACGCCAGAACAUCGUGCCCUCGAACGUACCGAAGGAGUUCCUGGUGAAGAAGGUUAACGAGCAGGCAGAAGAAAUCGACCGGCUGAAGGCAAAGUUGGCCGAGUUGGAAGAACAUCGCAAACUCAAUACGCUCUCCGAUGCUACCCCGCCUGCUGCGUUGAACGAAACGCUCCUUAAUACGUGGACCUCUCGGAUCGAUAGCUGCUAUGCUAGCUUACUCCAGGCUGUGCAGCACAACUAUGCGCUAAAGAGUAAGGAAAAACUGCUUAACAUGCGCGUCAAGCUUAAGGAGCAGGCUGAGCAGAUUGCCCGAAUUGUAACACUGGAUGGCAGUCAGUCGAGCGAGGAUAUAGCGAAGAUUGAAGCAUCAAUCGAUCGAUGUGGAAAACAGUUGGCCAGUCAAGAAGUCGAUCAGAACCGCUGGUUGGAACGUCUUCAACAAGCGCAACGGAAUCGGAACGCUCUUCGGUAUGAAGUGCUACAGACGGAGCUCAGCUGUGUGUUAAAAACCUACAUGGCUGGCAAAGAUGCUGAAAUUGCAGCAGCAAAGGCUACAUUAUGGAAAGACCACGUUCUCCAGAUCGCGUUUACGUACAGUCAGGAGAAUCGUCUGUGGCACAAGAUUAUGCAGCUGAGCGGCGAAAUCGUGCAAAAUAACUACCUGCUACUUCGACACUUGGAUCGACUGGACAAUAUUGUGUUGGAUAAGCUGAAGCGCUUGGUCAAGUUGAACCAGAGGCAGCGAGGAGUUACCUUCUUCGACGACGAGUGCCAGCAGGACCUGCGAAGCGAAACUGAUAUUACCGACCAUAGCAUCGAUGACAUUGCCAACCUGUCCGACUGUUCGGAUGAUGCUGUGGAUUUCCCGCCAGUUGUCGUCGGUGCGAAAAGGACAAAGAUCCGGGGAGAAAGCGAAUCGGAAACGGAUCAUGACACUAGCGGUCCUGCAUCGUCGAAGCCGUCUGAUACGGAGGAACGAAACGUUUUCAAAAAACCAAAAACAGUCAGUCGGGGCCUUUCGUUCAAGGCGACAUCUGUAGUAGGGACCCGGCCAACGAUUUCUCGUCGAACACCAACCAAAACCACGGGACAUGGCAGCAUCGCCAAAACAGCAGCGGCCACUCAACGGCUAAAGGCUCCGCGGUUGGUUGUAACCAAUAUGAUGCCAGCUGCUACUCCAGCAGUGGCUUCAACCAGUCGAAACCUCGGUGGGACAUCUCACACCGAGAAGGGGGAAGAUAAAUCCGAUACAUCCGACGAACAGAUUGGCGUCGGAAACAUUGCAAACUCCACUUUCGACAUUGGAUCCGGUAAGGAUGGUGAUUCAGAAUCAUUAUUUUCAAACGUGCUGGUGGAGUCAAAUGUAGAUCCACAGGUCUUGGAUAAAGUUCUUCGCAGAGCUUCCAUGAAAGGAAAAAUGGCAUUGUCUGUGCACAAGGACAAUCGUAAAAAGAGCCCAAAACGCAUCGGUAAAAGUCCACGUUUGAUAAACCGAACUGGCAGUCGUGCGAAUGCUUCUGCAACAAGCGUCAUCAAUAGGUAUCGAAUGAUGAAAGGAAAAGAAGCAGCUGCUGUCGCUAGUAGUAGCACUGUCCCCAGCACCAGCAGCAGUACCACAACGACGGGCAAAGCAACGGCGGCUGGCACGCGUUUUGUCAACAACAAUUUAGAGAAUGAUAGUGACCGAAACCGGCACAAUCGUCUGAUGGGUAUCAAGAAAUAGACAUUUCUUCAAAAGGAGAUAGGAGAAUUUUAUUAUACGUAUAUACACACCCACACUUUCGGUCUUACCCGGCGCGUUCGCUCUAGACUGCUUUAAAUAUAUCUAACAUUAUUAUUUUCAUGUUAUUAGUCAUAAGUGAUAGACGAGGAAGUUUGUUUAAAAUAUAAGCUUCGGGCGAACGUUGAACGUUUCUAGACUCGAUAGAAUUGAAAUAUGCAUAUGGUUUAUUCAAAAAGAAAAAGAGGUGAAAAAACUGAACCAACGAUCAAAUAGCCGAUUCCUCAAACGAACAGUUGUGUUUUUUUAAUGCUGUUUAUGCAUCAGUGAAUCAGGAAUACUGUACAAAAUCAAAUCUCCAGAUGAAAAAUACAGUUUGCAAUA